AUGAAGGCUGAUGUUAAUAUCAUCCUUCGAUCUGAAUUGAAUCAGAUACAACAAGUUUGCAAUUGGAGCAUGUAUGAACAACUUCUAGCUCACAAAUCUUUCAAAAGCACAUUUGUGGAAAAGAAAGCAGAUGAUAGGUUGUUCAUGUUUCAUUUUCCUCAAGAUGCCACAUCAGAGAUAAAACCAGGACAGCAAAGCAAGUCGAAUGUUAAUGAAUCCUAUUUCUAUGUGAGAUCAUCACUUUUACAUUCAAAGGAGAAGGCUAAG